GUGAUUUUUUCGAUUCAAAUCUUCUUCUCCAAUAUCAAUAGAGCUAUCACAUUCCACGGAACACUCACUCUCCAUGAGCCUGGCAAGAAGAUCUUCAACUCCUGUAAAAAAAGGCAAGAUGGUUGUUGUACCAUCAUCACAAACUCCGCCGGAAAUCCACCCAAAACAUGAGAUAUCAGAGCCGUCAACACUCUGGAUCCUAGACCACAGUAUUGAUGUUGAUGAUGAUAGCUGUGGCAGUCUCGAUUCAGAUAGAACCCAGGCCCAACCUCAGUUUUUGCAAAAACAGCCGGCGCCUGAAGUCUUAUUUGGAACGCCAACCAAACCCUCGACACGUAAAGCACCUACAUAUACAUAUGAAGAAGAGGAUGUUGACAAGACACUGAUUGAGAUUUGGGAGACCCCCGAGCUGAUUGUUCCAGUCCCAAGACCUCGCCCAUUCUUGCUUCGUCGUGGACCGCCAGCCAAAAGCCCCCAAAAAUCCACCUUUCCCUCACCCUCCACUCAAUACAAAAAGCGCCUGUCAGAGUUGUCCGCUGACUUACACAUGUCUCUGCAACGUUGUGAAGCCCUUGAGCUCAACUUACGUGCUGCUUCGUCUGCCCGGAAACUGGCUGAAGAGCAACGGAAUACUCAGAAGGAGCACCUCGAUGCAAUGGGAAAGGAUAAUUGUCGACUCAAUGAAGAGAAUCACCGUCUUCGCCUCAAGCUUAUCACUUUGCAAAAAGAGAUGCAACAGGCUGGGUUGAGUCUUAUCAGUCAGGCAGGCCUAGGUUCCUUGGAAUAAAGUACAUAAAUAUGUGCAUACGUAGCUUAUCGACGGCUUGAUAGACAUUCAUCGCGCAUACCACAAAUUAUUAACAUCAAUGUCAACCUAAAACCACCUGCUAAUCAACCUAACUAAUUUUACGAAAACUUUUAAUUUUAGAGAGUGCAUAUUAGGAUGAUUUAAAUCAACCUAUGACCAGAAGGAAUAACCUACGGUAGGUUGGAGCUGAUAUACAGCUUGUAUUAGGUUGGUAAUCAACCUAUCUGGGUUUUACAGUGUGUUGCAGCCGGCUGUACCCUUGUAUACAGCCGACAGAGU